AUGGUGAGGCAAAAGACCCUGGGCCCAAGCACACAUGCAUAUUGUAUAGAGGUGCAAAGCCCUUCUUUCGCACCCUGUGAAACAUAAACGUGCAGAGUUCUUUUAAAAACUGGGCAACGGCGCACCACCCACCCUUGAUUUCCAAGCCUUCCCCCAUCUCCUUCCCCCUUCCCACUUCCUUUUGACAGAUCAGGGGAGGCUCUGGAGUCACGGGAGGGCUGCUGUAGCCCAGGAGGGGCCAGCCUGGUAGUGCAGUUGGCUCUGGCUGGCUUCAGGAGCUGCUCGCUGCCUGCUGCUGUGGCGCAGGAAAAAUGGCAGGUGCCACAGCAGCGAGCAGCUCCUGAAGCCAGCCAGAGCCAACUGCCCUACCAGGCUGGCUCCAGGCUGCCAAGGCUGCUGCUGCCACAUUUCCCAGGGACAGAUUUGCAAAUCUGGGGACAUUCCAGGCACGGAAUUUGUCCGGGGACAGAAUUGCAAAUCCGGAGACCUGUUCCUGGGAACUGGGGACGUCUGGUAGCCCUACUCUACGGUCUCUUGCGGACAGACUGUUAAGACCAUAUCCAUGGAAGCCAAUCUCACUCGGCUAUGAGUGAUCGCCAAAGAAGAUGGCCGAGAAGCAGCAUAUAGCCCUCAUAACUAGUAGUCUCCACGAAUGUGUCUAGCCACAUCUAAGCUUGGGGCCAUUGUGAUAGUGUAUUCCUCGGCUUAAUGAUGUAUUGUGCGAAGAAUCAUUUCCUUUUGCCAGUUCCGAAUAUCCCAUCAGUCAGCUUUAUUUGAUGAUACCAGCUUCCUUACUGUGAGAGAGGGAAGAAAACUUCGCUGCAUCCACUUUCUCCCUCUAUCAACUUGUAUAAUUUUAUUGUACAAUUAUUAUACAAUUAUUCUCUAAUCCUUUUAGAGUUACUGGUGGUAGUAGGGAUACAAAGAAAUUGGGAACAUAAUUUAAAAAUGGACUGCCGAGCAGAAACAAAGAAAAGAAAAAGAACAAUGCUUUUCUUUGGAAGAAAGAUUAAUUGACUGUUCUAGUUAUUUUAAAGCAUUUGCAUCCAAGGCCUGCAAAUAUACCCUAUGCUAUAUGGUCCAGACUCUAGGGGGAAAUAAUAAUAAAAGGGGUGCAAGCUUUAAUUGGUAUGCAGCUUGAUGAUGCAUGUGUCUAUUCAUCGGCAUUAAUCAGCUGAUUUAUCAGAGAAGGCUGAGAUGGAAAUUAUAUUUGGGAAUCUAUUUUGGCCGUUUCAUGAGCAUAUCCAUAACACACACACACAAAUUUUUUUCACAGUGUUAGACUGCAUAGAAUCUACAGGUCCUUUUUCAUAGGUGGAACAUUAUCUAUUUUUUAUAUCCCACCACUUUUUCUCCAAUCAAGGCAGCAGACCUGGCUCUCUCUCUCCCCAUGCUGUCCUCACAACAACCCUGUGAGGUAGGUAAAGCUGGGAGACAGUGUUUGGCCCAAGGUCCCCCAGUGUGCUUCGUGGCCGAGUGGGAUUUGAACCCUGGUCUCCCAGGUCCUAGCCCAGCACUCUAACCAUUAUACCACACUGGCUUAGCCUAGGCUUGGCAACACUCCUUCUCACCACUGACCAGAUAUGGAGACGUGCCAUGGGAUUCAGAUACAGUGGUACUUCGGGUUAAGAACUUAAUUCGUUCCGGAGGUCUAUUCCUAACCUGAAACUGUUUUUAACCUGAAGCACCACUUUAGCUAAUGGGUCCUCCUGCUGCCGCUGCGCUGCCACGGCAUGAUUUCUGUUCUCAUCCUGAAGCCAAGUUCUUAACCCGAGGUACUAUUUCUGGGUUAGCAGAGUCUGUAACCUGAAGCGUCUGUAACCUGAGGUACCACUGUACUGAACUUGUUCAGCAAGGCACAGGUGGUAUUUGCCCCUAUUUUGCAGGGACCGUCCCAGAUUUACAGAAGCCGUCCCGGUUUCUGAUUUGAACCCAGAAUGUCCCACUUUUCCUUAGGUAAAGGGACCCCUGACCAUUAGGUCCAGUAGUGGCCGACUCUGGGGUUGCGGCGCUCAUCUCGCUUUAUUGGCCAAGGGAGCCGGCGUACAGCUUCCGGGUCAUGUGGCCAGCAUGACUAAGCUGCUUCUGGUGAACCAGAGCAGCGCACGGAAACCGCCGGAGCGGUACCUAUUUAUCUACUUGCACUUUGACGUGCUUUCGAACUGUUAGGUUGGCAGGAGCAGGGACCGAGCAACGGGAGCUCACCCCGUCGCGGGGAUUCGAACUGCCGACCUUUUGAUUGGCAAGUCCUAGGCUCUGUGGUUUAACCCACAGCACCACCCACACCCCUCCACUUUUCCUUAGGAAGUCCCUAUUUUCAUCAGAGAAAUGUUGGCAGAUAUGCAUUGAGUCUCACCAGAUCUCAGCCUGUGGGUACCCAGAUGAUGUUGAACUCCCAUCAUCCCUGAGCUCUGGCCUUGCUAGCUAGGGGUGAUGGGAGUUGUAGUUCAACAACAUCUGGGGACCCACAGGUUGAGAAAGGCUGCAAGUUUACACUGACUUCUUUAAACUGACUUCUUUAGAACCACCUCCUUUUAGACUUGGCACUUUCGCUUUCUACUUUCACCCACGCGGUGGCACUGUUGCCUUGCCUUGAAACGCUCCGGCCUCGGUCAAAGGAGCAAAAAACCCGGGCAAGAAAAUAAAGAGGACGUACUAGGAAAGGUCUUGGAUUACGCCCACCCUACCCCACACCCCAUCGCAAACCCGCACCUCCGAGGGCCGUCGCUACCUUGCAAAGAGGCCCGCGAAGGCACACCCACCCACGAAGCCUCCCUCGCACUCUGCGCCAGUAGGAGGCGCGCAAGAGAGCGCAAAGAUGCGGAUGGAGACGGAGGCGGAUCCCGAAGGCGAGGGAGGCGCUGCCCGCACUGCGAAGCCAGGUAGGUGGGCAGCGGGAGAAAGGAGGUGGGCAGCGGGUGAAAGGAGGCCGCGCGGGGCAGAGGCUUGCUAUGCGCCCCCCAGGGAGAUGGGGGCCUGGGAGGGAGAGGGCCAGGUGGCGGCAGCAGCAGCAGCAGCAGCAGCCUUUGCAUGUCCCGCACCGUGCACCGGACUGACAGCAGAGCGCGCCAGCCCGGGCUGGAGCUCCCUCCUUCCCCUUCUCCGGUACAAUAGCCUCGCCUGGCCUAUGGCAGCCCGCCGGGCCGCGAUUGACAAGCCCGGCCAAGGCCGAGGGCCUUGCAGAGCUGUCACUUCCUCCUGCUCCGGCGUGGGCUCCUCGGGUGCCUCCCACUCCCUGUUGCUGCUCCGGGUGUCGUUUUCGCGUGAACUCUUUGCAGGGCAAAAGGGAGAUGCCUCGCCCCCGCCACCAGGGAUAUGCGGAAAGAGCAAAGGGAAACUUGCAGGAUUUGGGGGUGAAAACCUGGGCUGGGGGGGGCGGGGGGGAGAGAGAGGCCCGGCGCGCCCAGAUAAUGCCUCUCAGCUGGUGGUAAAACAUGGCAGGCGCGCCGCCCGUGUUUUCCAAACUGAAACUUUUGCACGCGCUCAGAAGAUCGGCGGAGGUCGCGUUUUGCAAGAGGUGUCACAUGUGUGGGUUAUCUUCCUGCUGCUGCGCAAAGUCAUCCUGAGUCCCGAGCAGCCUUUCUCAGCCUUGGGUCCGCAGAUGGAACAGGCUCCCUCGACACGUGGUGGGUUCUCCAUCCAGAGGAGGUUUUUCAGCAGAGGAUGGACGACACGGGUGUAGCUGGGGGGGGGGGAGCUGCCCCUCCCCCUAAAUAAAUAAGAAAUAUUUAAGGUAAAGGGGCUCCUGACCAUUAGGUCCAGUCGUGGCCGACUCUGGGGUUGCGGUGCUCAUCUAGCUUUAUUGGCCGAGGGAGCCUGCGUACAGCUUCCGGGUCAUGUGGCCAGCAUGCCUAAGCCGCUUCUGGCGAACCAGAGCAGCGCACGGAAAUGCCGUUUACCUUCCCGCCGGACCUAUUUAUCUACUUGCACUUUGACGUGCUUUCGAACUGCUAGGUUGGCAGGAGCAGGGACCAAGCAACGGGAGCUCACCCUGUCGCGGGGAUUCGAACGGCCAACCUUCUGAUCAGCAAGUCCUAGACUCUGUGGUUUAACCCACAGCGCCACCCGCUAACUGACAAAUCGUGUCGCAGAUAGCUCAGUUCUGCCACACAGCCCAACAUUAUAGAUCCUGGCUACGCCCAUGCUGGAUGGCCAUCAGUAAUGGAUGUUUUAGUUGAAGUUCCUUCACUGCAGAGGCUUGGAUCAAAUUCCAUGAUUCUUUGACUACAACUCUCAUCGUCCCUGGCCCCUGGUCCCGCUAGCUCUAGGGCUGAUGGGAGUUGUAGUCUUACAAUUGGAUUCUGCAACAGGGCUCCCCGUUCUGGUUAUUUUGGGAGGGAAGCUUGCAUCCAAGGGCAAACUGAAAAAGUAAAUAACAAAAAAAAAUUGGCCCUGGGAAACAGUAAAAAAAGUUUCAGAAGUUAAAUUGCUAGGUAGGAGGUUGACCUCCAGGUUAGACUUUUGAAGAAUGUUGGGUGGCCAUUGCGCAGCCUGGAAAAACUGCAAAUUCUCCAUGAUUUGUAGGGCAAGUGGUUAGGUUUAUUAUGCUCUGGAGAGCAGUUUGGGAUAAAGGGCCAAAGUGCUUUAGAAUUAGCUAAGAGCAGUGGUGGAAUUUGGGCUUUCAUAUUUCAGCGGCAUCCUGUGCAAUGCCAAAAUUCGUUGGCCUCUCUUGGCCCUCACCUUCCGUUUUUUUGCCAUUGUUGCAGUGUCCCCAGUGGCACCCUCUCACCUCAGCACCCCCCAGUGCUGACAAACCAGUCCUGCCCCCCCCCAAUCCGUCUCCACUAAGAGCUAGUUUGCCCCUUAACACCUGCCAUGUGGAGGCUGCUGUUACCAUGUGGUGAGCAGUUUUGAGUACAGUGGCAGGACAGGGCAGACUGCACCAUACUGUUUUUAUUCAUUCAUUCAUUCAUACAUACAUACAUACAUACCCCGCCCAUCUGGCUGGGUUUCUGGGCAGCUCUCAACAGAAUAUUAAAAACAUCAAACAUCAAACAUUAAAAACUUCCCUAAACAGGGCUGCCUUCAGAUGUCUUCUAAAAGUCAGAUAGUUGUUUAUUUCCUUGACAUCUGAUGGGAGGGGGUUCCACAGGGCGGGUGCCACUACCGAGAAGGCCCUCUACCUGGUUCUCUGUAACCUCACUUCUCACAGGGAGGAACUGGACCUCAGCUGAACAAUGGGGGUGGAGAUGCUCCUUCAGGUAUACUGAGCUGAGGCCAUUUAGGGCUUUAAAGGUCAGCACCAACACUUUGAAUUGUGCUCGGAAAUGUAUUGGGAGCCAAUGUAGGUCUUUCAGGACCAGUGUUAUAUGGUCUCGGCCACUGCCAGUCAACCAGUCUAGCUGUAGAGCUCGAAAACUCACUUUGUCUCUGGUACAGUGGUGCCUCGCAAGACGAAAUUAAUCCGUUCCGCGAGUCUCUUCGUCUUGCGGUUUUCUCGUCUUGCGAAGCACGGCUAUUAGCGGCUUAGCAGCUAUUAGCGGCUUAGUGGCUAUUAACGGCUAGGCGGCUUUAAGAAAAAGGAAACAAACUCGCAAGAACUCGCAAGACGUUUCGUCUUGUGAAGCAAGCCCAUAGGGAAAUUCGUCUUGCGGAACGACUCAAAAAACGCAAGACCCUUUCGUCUAGCGAGUUUUUCGUCUUGCAAGGCAUUUGUCUUGCGGGGCACCACUGUAUUUGUAAUAUGGAGACUGGUUUCUUAAGACAGCUUGAAUGAAAGACAGGAUUUCUUCUAAUCCUCCAGUUUGCAGACCUGACCAUAGGUGCAUGUUGGUUUGCUGGGUGGACAGAGCUGAUCGCCAUGUCCAGGAAUGUGUUUUCCUUUAAUUGUUGGGUGUUCACAAGAACACUGGAUCAUAACUCUCUUUCCCCCUCUUUCCCUGAGUUUUUCUAUAUUCUCACUGGUAACUUGGUUUUCUGCCCUAUAGAUUUUUCAUCAUGAGUGUGGACUGGAUUGGCUUUGGUUAUGCUGCGGUUGUGGCUCUCGGAGGUGCUGCAGGAUAUAUUCGCAAAGGUAAGCACUGGAAUUGUAGAAUACACACACACACAAAAAUGGAGUCUUCUUUCCCACUUCUCCUUGGAUCACAUUCCAGUGGUGUAGAAAGAAUCAUGUGAAACACUUCAGUUUCCCAUUUAGGGAAGGUUUUAAUGUUUGAUGUUUUAUCAUCUUUUUAAUAUUCUGUUGGGAGCUGCCCAGAGUGGCUGGAGAAACCCAGCCAGAUGGGCGGGGUAUAAAUAAUAAAUUGUUGUUGUUGUUAUUUAUUAAAUGACUAAAUAAAUAAAUAUGUAGGGCUGGAGGAGAGGGGGUUACUCCCCUCAGUGCCAUCAUGAUACAAAAGCUCAUUUUCUGUCUAUACUUUACCAGAGUGUUUGAUGUGAGACGAGCCUAGUCAUUUAAUAAUUCUGAUUUAGUCUUCAGGUAAGGCCAAAAAUCUAGUUAGUUAAGAUACUUAUGGAAUUCAACUUGGUGGGCACCCCACCAGAUUUUGAGGUUCUGCUGAACCUCAGCCAGACAGCUUGCUUUUCACUUCACUGUAAAACGAAACUAAAUUAAUACGUGAGCGUUCUCUCCUACCAAAAGUGCUCCUUCUUUUAAAGUAUUUUUUUUUAAAGAUGUCUUUGAAUUUAUCUUGUAUAUUUAUUUUCUCUCUCACAUACAUACAUAGCACUUUUGCACAAAACUGGUUUCAAGACUGAAAUCCAUAAAGCCUUUCAGAUUUCAGCCAGAUCAGAAUAAAAUCUUAAAUCUGGUCUGGUCAGAUUAUUUGAUUGAUUGGUUGAUCUUAAAUCUUGGAACAGUUGUAGAAAGGAGUGGAGGGAAAUCUUAACAUGCAAUAUACAUUUUAAAUACAGUCAUACCUCGGGUUGAAAUAGCUUCGUGUUGAGCGUUUUCGGGUUGCGCUCUGCAGCGACCCAGAAGUAACGAAACCUGUUACUUGCAGGUUUCGCCACUCACACAUGCGCAGACGCUCAAAAUGACAUCACGCACAUGCGCGGAAGCGGCGAAUCGUGAUCCGCGCAGACGUGGGUUGCAUUCGCUUCAGGAUGCGAACGGGGCUCCGGAACGGAUCCUGUUCGUAUCCAGAGGUACAACUGUAAAUGUAUUUUAAGUUUACCAAAAAGUGACCGUCAUAUUUCAAAAAGACAUUGUAGAAGCAUUUCCGUUUCUUUUUCAGUUUUCUGCAUAUUUCCUUUUUUUCCUCUAAGCUUGAUCUAUUGUGAUAUCAUUGUUACAGGCAGUAAAAUCUCCUUGGUGGCUGGCCUCUUCUUCGGCUUGAUGGCUGCUUAUGGCGCAUAUUGGGUAACUCACGACCCCAGAGAUAUAAAGAUAUCGUUGUGUAAGUAUCCUGCUUUCUGGAAAGGGCAUUGCACGGCAAGUUUAACAGGAAAUUGAAAUCUUGCUUUGAAUGUAAUCAUCCUAAAACAAAUGAUCAUAAACUGAAAACAGAUAGCCGUAAAAUGGGAAGUACCUUUGUAACAGCUGCAGGUAUUGACUCAAAAUAGGCAGUCACCUCCAGUUUUAACUGCUUCAUUUGGCUCCAGGGGGCAUUUGGACUUCCAGUGAGGAAAUGCAACAGGCUGAGGUGAAAGCAGUUCCCCUGUUCUCUUUAAUGUUAGGAAAUGUUUCACAUUUGGCACACUAAUCGAUGGCGCAGCUCUUCCAUGUGCAGAGCUAUAAUCUAUUUACAUAGCACCAGGGUGGAUUUGAUUUAAAUCAAAUCAGUUUAAAUCACGAUUUAAAUCACUAGUCAGUAAGAUUUAAAUCAUUUUAUUUUUUUUACAGAAAGGCUCAUUCUUGCCGGUAUAAUCUUAAUAUUUACAACCAGAUGAAGGUUUCAUUUUUUGAAUAAUUGAUUUUCAGAGUAGUUUUUACAGUUAUAUCAAAAAUUACUGAUUUGGUUAUACAUAGACAGAUAAUUAUGAAAUUAUUGUGAGGUUUGAUAAGUUAACUGUUUGUAUUUGGACAACUUUUCUGCUGUACUUUACUGGAAGGAGAAAAACAAUCAUUUCCUUAAUAACAAUUUAAACAAUUUAUUUAACUAAAACACUCAUAUUAUAGCAUAUUUAUCCAUGUUUGUUAACUGAUGUGGUUAAACAUUUUUUGAAAAAACAAACAAACCUCAGACUGAGUUUUAGCACACAUGAAAAACUUAAAACAAAUCCUUAUUUCCUGAUGGAUAGCCUUUGGACUAUAAUGUAACUUAAAUAGAAAACUAUCUUUAGAAAUAUUUUUCCUCUGAAAGCAUUUUAUUUUAAAAAUCCAAUUUAAAUUUUAAAUUUCCAAUUAAAAUUUUAAAAAAUCCAAUUUAAAUAAAAAAAAUCUGAUUUUUUUAAUUAAGAAAAACUUUGAUUUUUAUCCACCCUGCAUAGCACUCACCUGAGCCUUGCAGAGCUGUGCAUCAUGAGGAUAGAGCAGUCUGGUACCCUCAAGAUCUUUGGGACCACAACUUCCAUCAUCCUUGGUCACUGAGCAUGCCCUGUUGUUGUUACGUUUUGUUGUUGUGAACUACCCUGGAAACAUGGUUGAAAGGCAGCAUUUAAAAACCCAUAGAAUUAAUAAUAAACUAAUGCUUGUAUGUAUAUUUGCAGUCACAGCUUUCCUCCUGACAGUUGUAAUGGGAGUGAGGUUUAAGAGGACCAAGAAGCUAAUGCCAGCUGGAAUCAUAGCAGGCCUCAGGUAGGUAAAUAAAGAGAGAGAGAGUCCCCUUUUUUACUCAGCUGCACUCCAGUCAGCACAUACUUGAGAGAGUAAGCAUCCUUGAACACUGGGGGACUUACUCCAGAGUAAGUAAGCAUAGGAUUGUAUUGCACACAACUUUAAACCACGGUCAGAGAGCUGCUGGUUGCGAAUCUGUCUCUUGAUUAUAGAACUAGUUUUUAGGUGACAAAAGUUGUGGCGGUUGCAUCCAGACUGUCCCUUACACAAGCAGAAUGGGUCCAUCUGUGAGGUCAUGGCAGAAACUCUUGCCAGGAGAACAGGAGGCGAUUUGAGUUGAUCCCAACUUUUCCUCCGCAAGCACUUUUCCUUCCACACUGUUCCCUUCGGAGCUGGCUUCAGGGAGCAGCAGAAUACUGGGGAAAGUUUGCCUCUUGCUGGUUGCAAACCACAGCAUUUCAUAGUUUUCUGAGACCAAAUUCUGUGUGUUCUGUAAUUUUGCAGCGACACUGAGGUACAUGAUUUUAUAUUGGAGAUAGAGUUUCCAAUAUAGAUUUUAUAUUGGAGAUAUAGUUUCCUGAUCUUUAAAACAAACAAGCAAGUUUCUUGUGUUUUAAAAGUAGGAAGCUAGGAUUGAGAGUACAUCAUCAGUAGACUGAGGGAAUGUUCUUUCAUAUGUGGUCAAAGAGUAUUGGGAAAUAAUCCAUCAUGAAUUGGGGGGAAAGGUUAAAAGUACUUUCCCCCCAAAAAGCCCCACACACACCAGAAUCCUUUUUGUUGGGGAUAAUCCAGACGGAAAUUCCCAGGUGUCAAAAAAGAUUAUUUAUGCAUGCCACUGCUGCUGCCUGUGUUUUGUUAGCCCCAAAAUGGAAAACAAGCGAGGUCCCAACUAAAGAGGAAUGGCAACUUAAACUGGUGGAAUGUGCGCAACUUGAGGACCUAACAUAAAGAAUAAGAGAACAAGAAGAACAUGCGUUUAAAGAAGAUUGGAAAAUGUUUAUUGAAUAUCUGCACUCGAAAAUGUGGGCAGCAUUAAGAUAAAUUCAACAGUGUAAAUAAGUUUUGAUGGAUGUAAUAAUGGAAUACUGAAUGGUUUAGUUUAUGUAAAAUAUGCAGGGAUUUAUGAUAGGCAAAAUGAACCAUGGAAAGAGAAGAACAGAAGUCUUUGAUAUUUUAAGGUUGUUUAAAUGAGCAUUCUAAAUUGUAAAACAGAAAAUUUAAGAGACAGAGAGAAAGAGACAGAACAUCAUCAGUGCCUUGUAAAACAGUGGAGAGGGGUAGGGGGCAGUUUUGGCCAGCCUUUUUUUUUUUUGCUUAUCUCUAUGAUUUGAAGAAUAACUAAAUGCACUAACUAAAUAACCAAAUGAAUAACAUUUGCAUAGUUUGUGCAGUUCACAGAAUUCAGCUUUUCUGAGCAGGGACUUUGGGUUACCUUGGUGUAGGGUUUUGUUUUUUUAAAAAAAGAUUAGAGUACACAUAGUCCUAGAUAUGGAAAUGUAUUUUUCACUUCUCAACUGGCAGCGUGCUUGCUAAUUUCACUCUCUCUCUCUCUCUUUUAAACAUAGCCUUCUGAUGAUCUUGAAGCUUGUUCUUCACCUGGUAUGAGAGACCAAAGCAGGAAGAAACAGCAUUUGUAUAAUUUUACAUGAACAAGCAACAAUUCCUUUGUAUUUUUCAAUGUAUAUGUAGGAAGAUCAAGCACUUUGGGGGUUAAUGACUACUGCACAAAAGGCAGUGUUCCUUUUUUUUGGAUUUGGGGCUACAUUCUUUAAGUUGCAUUAGUGUUUUCUCUAAGUAGCAUUUUCUUGGGCUGUGGUCCUAUACCCCUGGGAGCAAUUGACCUCAAUGGCAUUUAUUUCUGAUUAGAAAUGUAUACGAUUGUUCGUAAUUUUUGUUGGCAUCUAUGUUCUUGUUUAGACAAGUGAUUGACUUGUCCUUUAAUGACGAUCCUAGUUAUUUUUUUUAUUUUUGUGGAGCAAUGAGAUUUCAGUGAUGCCUUACUCUUAACAGUAAGAAGUACACCAUCAGAAAUAAUGGGAAUCACAAGAGCAUUGAAACUCAGACUCCUGCUCUGUGGCAUAUGCUUUGAAAUUCAUCUGCAGCCCUGAAUGACAAUUUUGCAGACAUGGAGAUUUGCAAAACACGAAAUAGAGCAUUGCAAACAUGCAUACAUAACAAUUUUCAUUAUCUUAUUAUCUUGUACUGAAGCUCCCUGAUUAAUAGACAUAUCUGAUGCAUAUAGACUAAAAACAUUUUUUAUUGCCGAAACACAGGAAAGCUUUGUUUCCGUCCAGAAAUCCAGAAUAUGGAAACUGCCAAAACGAAAUAAAGAAGUUUAAUAUAUUGAAG